GAGGGAGACGAAGAAGGCAGCUGGGACACAAGCUUUUUUAUUGAUUGUGUUGUCUUCUUCUGGCCAUCAUGUGUUUCAGUUUGGUGAUGCUUCUCCUCGGUGUCUCCCAAACAGAGCUGGCGAGAGUUUGGGUUCAACAUCAAGCAGACAAUGGGUCCAGUGUGACGUCCCAGCGGCAUGGAGAGUCAACUGGAGGUGACGGACAUGCUCACAGAGAGCAGCGGUCGUCUUCAGGCCACGCUAGGAUAAGCAGGGCGGUCCUGGGUGGAGGAAUAACCAUCAACACCCUGCCAGACAACAUGACACGCGUACUGGAGGAUUCUGGGAAGUAUUACACAUGGCGUAGCCUUGGCCCAGAUGACCAGCGCACAGAGGAACUAUGGGUAGACAUGAGUGAUGUCCGGCAUGGCCAAGUGAGAGUCCAUGGCAUUCUGUCAAACUCAUACAAUCAGGCUGUGAGGGUUGCCCUGUCGUUUGACUUUCCUUUUUACGGACAUUACCUGAGGCAGAUCACCAUAGCAACUGGAGGGUUUAUCUUCACAGGGGACAUUACUCACCGCAUGCUGACUGCAACGCAGUACAUCGCCCCUCUAAUGGCUAAUUUUGACCCCAGCUACUCUAAAGAAUCCACUGUGCAAUACGUGGAUAAUGGUGAGGUGUUUGUGGUCCAGUGGGACCGGGUCAGACUCCCUGGAAAGGAGUCAGAAGGGGCCUUUACGUUUCAGGCUGCACUUUACAAAACAGGAGCCAUCGCGUUCAGCUAUCGAGAUGUACCUCUGUCAUUAGAUGCGAUUGGUUCAGCUGAGCAUCCAGUGAAGGUCGGUUUGUCUGAUGCCUUCAUGGUCACGCAACCUUCUCCUCAGUCGCCAGAUGCCCAACGGCGGACGAUUUAUGAGUACCAUCGGGUUGAGACAGACUCGACAAAGAUCACCAGCUUCUCUGCUGUUGAGUUCACUCCACUGCCUACCUGCCUGCAGCAUGACAGCUGCGAGCUCUGCCUCUCAUCCAACCAGACCGUCGGUUGUAGCUGGUGCAACGUACUCCAGAGGUGUUCAGAUGGCAUGGAUCGACACAGGCAAGAAUGGUUGGACUACGCCUGCUCAGAAGAGCAGAGCAAAAAUGCAACCUGCGAGGAUUACUCCAGAGGGGAGAGCUCCACUGGUUCCUCUACCACACCAGCGAUGGAGGACGUGUCGUCAUGGACUCUACAAAACGGUUGUGACGAUGUGAGGACAGAUUCUUCAACCAAGAGUGAGGGGUGGGCCAACACAGGAGUGAUAGCUGGGAUAGCAGCUGCGCUGGUGUUACUUUUGGCUCUGAUACUGGUAGCACUUUACAUCAACUCCCAUCCUACUGCUGCAUCACUUUACCUCAUCCAGCGACGCAAGAACUACUGGCCGUCUUUGAAGUUUCAGAAGCAACACCCGGGUUACACAGAAGUGGAAGGAGCGGGUCAUGAAAAAGACAGCAUUGUUGAAGCUGGGCCAUGUUGAAACGAUGGAUGUAAACCUGGAUGCACGUUUGCAUUGAACCGAUUUAUACAAACAUUCACAUAUAUGCAUUUGUCCAAAGUUAUUUGUCCAUGUUUCCAUUGCAAAAAGAUGCAACAGUCUGUGUAGAUUAAAGCUGAAUGUUAUAUGAUACUGAAUUGUUUCAUUGGAAAUGUAUAUCUCUGCUGUAAUAUUGGGUUUCAUUUCACCCUCAUUUCUCAAACACGAUCUAAUUUGACUGCAAUGAAUUGGGCGAUACAUGGCACAACGAUGUUAACUUUGAAUAAAAAACAUACACCAUGCGGUUUUAUAUCAAACAAAAUAAAGAUGUGGAUGUGCUUCA